CUGCCUCGUGUCUGUAUCAGAUGAGGAGGGGGUCACUUGGAUUCCCUUGAAGCUGCUUUCGAGGAAAAAAUAAAUGUUACAAGCUUUUCGUUGCACCUCGUUUAACGGAUAGUAUCAGAUCGUCAGUGCUGUCGCUCGAGUCACUGUUUUUUAAAGAAGAUGCCGAAACGGGGCAACAAAAGUGAGGGAGAUUGUGUCGGAAGUAGAUACUUUGGAAGAACAACAUGCGUUGUAGCAUUCAGUGAAACCAGCAGCGAAAUAGAUUUAGUGUGGAUAUUUUUUCAUUCAUCAUCUUUCUGUUUUUAUUGCAGGAGCUACACGUGGAUAGAAACAGGACAAAGUAGCAUGUGCAUCUAUUGGAUCGCACCCAAUGCCUAUUACAUCAUAAAAUCGUCAUCAGGCUGUGAAGUAAAAGUUUUAUAUUUUUAUGAUUCAUAUCUUGCUUGCAGUAACCUGCUACAGGCUAUGCAUUAAAACCAAAGGCGAUUUGCAAGCUGCAUUCUUGGGGAAACGCGCAGCCCAGUGAAAGGUGUUAUCGAGAAUAUACACAAAAAAAACAAAAAACACGACGAAAGGUUGAACUUUGCGGAGGUCUCCCGUUUUAUUUGCCUGAGAUUUUGUGCAUAUCAAGGUCGGUAGCAAAGGGUCUGUCUCUAAACUCCGGAUAGGAUAUAUGAAGAUCGCGACACAGCUGGUUUUCCCUCGCAGAAAUGCCAGUGCGUGCUGUGACCACCAGGUUCAUGUACAAGGGACUUUGCACUAUUCCAGAUGUCCUCUCCUACCGGACCCCUGUUAUCCUGCCUGAGGAUGAGGUGGAAGAGAUCCGUGAGGCGUUCAAAGUAUUUGACCGAGAUGGGAAUGGCUUCAUCUCAAAGCAGGAGUUGGGGAUGGCAAUGCGCUCACUGGGCUACAUGCCCAAUGAGGUGGAGCUGGAGGUUAUCAUCCAAAGACUCGAUAUAGAUGGUGACGGUCAAGUUGGUUUUGAUGAAUUUGUCACAUUGCUUGGCCCUAAACUCUCUGCCGCUGGCAUGCCGGAUAAGUUCCACGGAGCAGACUUUGAUUCGGUGUUUUGGAAGUGUGACAUGCAGAAACUGACUGUGGAUGAGCUGAAGAGGCUGCUUUACGAUACUUUCCGUGACCACCUCACCAUGAAAGACAUUGAGAACAUCAUCAUGACAGAGGAGAGCCACCUGAACAGUCCAGAGUCCCACGUGGACAUAGACACAAGCCCAACACAACAGGAAAAACACACAUGUGUGCGUAAAAGCCUGAUUUGUGCCUUCGCCAUUGCAUUCAUCAUCAGCGUUAUGCUAAUUGCAGCAAAUCAAAUGCUCCGCAGAGGAAUGAAGUAAAUACAUCACCAACUGGAUACAGAGAUAUUUAAGAACGGACGAUGAGAAAUCAAACAUUAAUCAAAAUAAUUGACUGGUUUUGUUUAAUGUUUUCAACACACCAUCACAGCUUCUCUCUGUAAUGGAUUAAAUGAUGUCAUUCCGUCGUUUUAUAUUGCCAGAAAUUAUAGCAUAACCUGAUAAAAAAAAAGAAGAAAGAAAGAAAGGCAUUUCAAAGGCUGAUUAGCGUCCUAAAACAGCAUGUCAUGAAUCAAAUUUCUGAAGAAAUGAUAUUGGAAAGCAGACUUUAGAAGUAUGUGCUUAGUAAUAGAUGUGCUGUGUCUGUGUAUAUCAAAACAAUGGAGGUUGUUGAUUAGAAGUCUGCCAUUUGGAAUGCACCCAAUAAUGAAAUUACUGAAGAUAGUAAUAAAGCAAUACACACGUGUUGUGCGGCACAUAUCAAGUAGCUCUAAUUCACUCUCUGAAUAAUUGUUUUUCUUUUAAGUCUCUUGUUUGUAUUGGUGCCAGUAUCUCUAGUCCAGAAGUCCAAAUCAUGUCAAGAUUAACACUUCUCUAUAAACCAUCUGUGACCCCUACUUAACACAAGAGAAGAGCAUUAGUAUGUUAAUAAGAAUAUUUCAGUAUUUUUACAACUGUUUAACCAUGCUAGCUUCAUGGCUGUUGGGAUGGCAAUGCCAGUCGAUAGUUCAUCACUUUGCUUUAAACUGUAUGGAUUGCAAUGUCAUGAUCAGAUACUCAUUACUCCCAGGGAAACAAUGCAACUGAUUUAAGUAAUCCCCUGACGUUCUCCGUAAAACCACCAGCAGAUCUAAGUUUUCAUUGGAAAAGUCUCAACAUCCUCAGGAUGAAUUGUCAUAAAAUGUAGUAGAGACAUUUAGGGUUCCCAGAGGAUGCACCCCGAGGACUGUGAUGAUGCUCUGAGUGUCUCAGGCUGUACUUUGUGCUUAGUGCUACUAUACAUCAGCAAGUUGUCAGUAUUGGCCAAUGAAUUUCAAAAACAAAGUCAGGAAAAUAAGAAUAUUUCUCCAAAGUUUCAAUUGUGACAUUGUGAAACCAACAUUUGGAAUAACUGGUGAACAGCACUGUUAUCUGGAAAAGAGAGGGUUUGAAUGACAUUGGGAUGCAGCCUGUAACCUUUAACCUCCCCUGUGUACUUCAUUCAGCUGAGCCCAAAGGCCCCUUCUAAAGAUAUCACAGCAGACUCAAACAUUCACUGGUUUGAUUUGAAGCUGAGAGUUCAGCUCAGCGAGAUUUAUUGGCUGAGCAAGUAAGAUGAAAAUGAAACAGCUGUUUUCACUAAAACUGUAAUGUAGUAGAUUUAAGAAUUAAAUUGAAGUGUUUCAUAUUCAAAAUCUGCCAGCAAUGCGUGCACAAAGCAGCAUAUUUAAAAUCUCUGCAAUAGCAUCCAAAAACAGACAUAAUGAGUCACAGGGAAAGACAAUUGAUUAUCUGAGCUACCGGCUGUAAAUAGCAUAAACCAUCACAAGUCAAAUGUUUGGACAGAAUUACACAAUGACAAUGAAGGAUAAUCAGUUCACACUUGCAUGUACAUUAAACGUAGAACUAUAUUCUGUGUUCAAUGUGUUUGAGAUCAAAUGUUGAACCCUGGUGUAUGUAUUGAAAUAAUUAUGCAAUUUGUAUAGUAAUCAUUGCAAAAAAAUCUCAGUAUUUGACAUUUUCCUGUAAAUGUCGAUUUUUGUGGAUGUGCAGACCAUAUCAAAAUACUAAAUACUUUGGAGUAUGCUGUGAAGAAUAAUUUAACAUAUCAUAAAAAAUGUUGUUUUCUGGUUCUUACAUGGAUCACCAAAACAACAUGUUUAAAGUAUAACAUGGUAAUAUUUUCUUACUUGGAAAAGUGAAACAUUAAAUCUAUGUGAUUUUAUUAUGAAUGUAAGCAUAAUGUUUUGUAUAAAACAAACAAAACUAAAAAAAAUUCUUCAGGUUUCUGAUAUAAUUUCCAGGUUGACUGGACAUUCAGAUGCAAGUUAUUGUGCGUCACGCACUAACAUUAACAUUUCUUAUUUGGUGAUAUUCAUUUUCCAGAAUGGUUUAUCAAGUUUUAGUCGAAUUCAACAAGUUUUACAAAUUGCUAUAUAUUUUUUCUUGCUCUUUUUAUCUUAAAGUUUAUCAAAGCUAUGUCACGAGAGGAAACGUACGAAACAACGAGUAUCAUUCUGGCAAUAAAUCAGAUAUUUUAUCUCAAAUACAGUAGCUGUUUAUGGAUGAACUCCUUAUAUGACAUCACAUUACCUCUUUAUGUGAACAUCAUUUAAGGUAUGGAUUUUGUGUGAAUGUAAAAUAUAGUUAUUGUGUCAAAUAUUGUCUUAAGACAUAUAAGCAAUUAUUGUGUCCUAUUCUGUAUGUUACAGUGCUUUAAUGAGCAGAUUUAUGUGCACUCUGUUGAAGGAUUGUCUUAACUGUUGUUACUUUGAUUCAGACUGUAGUGUUCUGUUUGUGCCUUUGUCUUUUGAAGUAAGAUCUGCACUCUCAUGCCUUGACUUAGAGUAACUUAGAAAAACGUCUUAAAAGAAAUGUAAGUCCAUUUUACAAAACCAUUGCUUAGGACAAAAUGAAUCUGAUGUAGUUUUAAAUUGAAAUGACUCAUUAGUAAUUCAAUUACCAAUAAGUAUUUAUGUAUUAGCUUUCUCCCUUCCAUGUUCUUGGUAAAGAUCCGUCUAUCACUUCUAGUAAAUGAUUGUAUCAUCCUGCUGUUUGACAUUACUAGUAAUUUAAUGUUUAGAUUGAGAAUACCGAGCACUGUUUACUUCUGUAA